GGCGCAUGUCAUACCGGCCACCGGAUUGAGCUACCGGUAAUGCCCAGGCUACUGUUACCCCCUCAUGCUUCUUGACAGCUCGAGACCUCGACGUAUCACAACGGCUCUUUUCUUCUGGAUUCUGCGGGAGGCACAUCGUAUUCACAAGAGUUUUGAUAUCUCAUUGAUUACUACCUCGCUCUUUCCGAUCGCGACGUGGCCAGAUCCCCAUUCGAACGCGUCCUCUUAUGGCUGGCAACGGCAACUUUGGUGUCGUAGUCGAGCUACAGCUCAAGGUGUAUUCCCAAACAGGCUUUUUGGCAGGCUUUCUCGGAUUUCCCAACGAUCAGGUCGGCGAAUUUGAAAAGGAUCUGCCCGUUAACUUCACUGGCGAAGCUACCCACAUGGCUCUUCCCGGUGUUGGCCCCGUAUUUUCUUGGCUGUUUGCUUGGACGGCAGAGAACGAUGAUCUGAAAGAAGGAUGGGCUUUCUUUGAAAAGAUGAAGUCUCUUGGCAUUCUCAACACGGUGGCAGAAGUCGACGACUUUACGUUUUUCAACGCGAUUCCCUCGCCGACCAAUGUUCACUGGUACCCUCGGCUCAGGAUGUUCGAAUAUUUCACUCCAGGAAUAGCCAGUGCGUUCGGCAACAACGCACCGCCGGAGGCAACUUCUGCUACUGUCAUCCAUGCCGCCCAUGGUCGAGCGAUCGAGGCGAACCCGGCAGUCUGCUAUCCUCUGCGCAAGAGGCAUCGCAUAGCAGCUCCUUCUGGUGGUGUCAUUGACACUACCGCGCAGGCGGCGGAAUAUGAAGAGUACAAGAAGUGGGCAGAUGAUCUGGUGAACUCCCUCUCGGAGCAGGGCCAAAUGCUUCCAUAUGGAAAUCGUAACCUGGGCCCCCAGAAGGACACGGACUGGGGAUCAACGUACGGCGAGGACAUCCUAUCAAGACUCAGAGAGAUCAAGCAAAAAUUUGAUCCAGAGAACGUCUUCAAAACAGGGUACCCGAAGUUAACGUAAGUUGAAGAGAGGGUGCGACUUGAAGCUGUCACGUAUGAUCUGCGUUGGUAUUGGGGUGUACGGUUGGCUGUGGAUGUUGAAUGAAGAACAGCGGACAAGCGUUUUAUAUUGGAGGUCUCAUUCGAAGCCACUGAAUACUCACUUUGGCUGCGAAUUCUUGCACUCCCUGACGACAGACAAACUACCGCGCCGACUGAGGUUUCUAAUGUUCCCCCCUCCUCCCCAAGGCAAGUAUGUACUUAUGGAAGCGACAUGAGGCAACGAAGUCUGAUAUCAAGCAUAUAACCAAGC